AUGAUUUUUAAUUAUCCCCCACUCAAAACUUAACUUUUUGAUAAAAAUUAAAAUGCUGGCAAUACCGAUUAUAAAAUUUAGGAUUUGCAUUAGAAAUUUGGGUUUAAAUACGAUUUGAUUUCAACCCAGUUUUUUUAUAUUAUCUGCGAACUCGAAAAAAAUAAAUAUCUCUGUACUAUUUAGCAAAACUAAAUAAACACCCUCUUUACUUACACCUUAGUAAACUCUAACUAUAUAGCUAGCAAAAUGAUAUCUAACACCUAAGAAUCCUUCUAGCCUAAGACUCUCCUUACUCCUAAUCUUCAAAUGGGAUUGACCUUCAACGAUGUUUUGAUGGUUCCUUAAUAUAGCGACAUCAAUAGUAGAAGUGAAUGUAUCGUUAAGACAAAAUUCUCCAAGAAUAUUCCUUUAAAUAUUCCCAUCGUCUCCUCUCCUAUGGACACCGUUACUGAAUUCAAAAUGGCUAAAGAAAUGGCAAAGUGUGGUGGUUUAGGUAUUAUCCAUCGUUUCAUGCCUAUGACUGAAUAAUGCAAGCAAGUAGAAAAAGUCAAGAGAGCUCAAGCUCACAUUCUUUUUGAACCUAUUAUGGUUUCUAAAAAUAGCACAUAUAAGGAAAUUAAGUUAGUUGCAGAGUAAUAUACUUUCUAAACCUUCUUAGUUACUAACGAAGAUCAAGUUAUUAAUCAAGAAGAUCUUUUAAAAUCACCCAUGCUUUCAAAGAGAAAAGAUGAUUGUAAUGGACAAUACACACUUGCUGGUAUUCUCACUCGUAGAGAUAUUAAAAACAUGAGAUUUGACACUGAUAAAGUUGCUGAUUUCAUGACUCCAAGAGAAAAGGUUGUUGCCCACGUAAUGAACAAGCCAGAUGAAGGCUAGUUCCCUGAACCUGAAUUCCUCAAGGAACUCAUGCACUCCAAAAGAAUUGAAAAAAUCCCUAUUGUUACUCCUGAUAACAAGAUUCUUGCUCUUGUAACUCUCAAGGAUCUUUACAGAUUAGAUGGAUUCCCUAUUGCUAACAGAGAUUCUGAAGGUAAAUUAUAUGUUGGUGCUGCUAUUGGUGCAAAGGAUGACUACAUUGAAAGAGCUAAAGCCUUAAUUGAAGCUGGUGUCGAUGUCCUUGUUGUUGAUAUUGCUAAUGGCCACUCAUAAAUUUGCAUUGAUGCUAUUAAAAAAUUAAAAGAAAACUUCGAAGAUAUUGAUAUUGUUGCAGGAUCAGUUGCUACAGGAUAAGGUGCUGAACUUUUAAUUAAAGCUGGUGCUGAUGGUAUUCGUUGUGGUAUUGGUAAUGGAAGUAUCUGUAUUACUAGAAUCGUCUCUGGAUGCGGUGUUCCUUAAUUCUCUGCUUUAAGUGAUGUUGCUCCUAUUUGCAAGUAAUACUAAGUUCCCUUGAUUUCAGAUGGUGGUAACAAAAACUCUGGUAAUAUGUGCAAAGCACUUGCUAUUGGUGCUGAUUGUGUUAUGCUUGGAAGACUUGUUGGUGGUUGUGAAGAAUCUCCCUCUAAAAUUAUUUACAGAGAUGGAAAACUCUAAAAGGUAUACAGAGGUAUGGCUGGUUACGGUGCUAAUUUAUCUAAAGCUCAACGUAUUGGUGCUGAUGAACCUUCAUCUACAAACUUCACCCCUGAAGGUGUUGAAGGUUAUAUUCCUUAUGCUGGUCCUCUCGCUGGUGUCUUAAAUCAAUUUGUCCAAGGUAUUAAAUCAGGUAUGAGCUAUAAUGGCGCUCACAAUAUUUAAGAACUCUAAAAGAAAGUUCAAUUCAUAAGAAUGACUUAAUCAGGUUUCUAAGAAUCCGGUGUUCACUCUAUUAACUAAUUCUAAUGA